AGAAGAAAAAAAAAAAAAAAGAAAAAAAAAAAAAAAAAACCUCAGACUGCUCACCACAGUAUUUUCAUCUCGCUGCGAAAGUAUAGACAGUCGGCCCAAGUACCCUAACUGGUCAUUAAUUGCAUACCUCCAGCGACCAUGAUGCGGCGUCACGAUGAAAACAACGUCCUCGGAGACCUGGACAUGUCUUCGACUGGUUCAAGUAGCGAUCAUGCACCAGUCUAUCGCAUCCCAACCAGGACUGUCUCGGCUAUUGAACAUCCCAUGUUGAUCAAGGAUCACGACAAGGCCAUCAAGACGUUUGGCAGCAACUUCAAUUUCGCCGCUGUCCUUGAUCACGAAAGUGCCCAAUUGUCGGUGCCAUUGUACCCCCGCUACGAUAAUCCAGUGGUGCGGCCCAUAAUAUCUCACAAUGCGCCAUCGCAUAAUGUCCUGCUCAAGAUCGAAGUGCCUCGCAGGACUGGCAGGAAGCGAAAAAGAGGCAGCGACGGCCCUUGGCUCGAGCCAGGGGCUGAGAGAGCAGAACCACAGCACAUGUAUGGAGAGUCAAGACGACCCCGGAUCAUGUCGCAGAAAGGGCUUGACGAGCCCAACAUGCUCCAGCGAAAGCUGCAGGACAAUAUUGGCAAGUACAAAGUCGAAGCCGUGGGGCUGAUCAGGAACACACAUCGGUAUAGAGGUCUGGUCGAUUAUCAGUACUCAACAGUGAAUGCUCCGUUUAUGAAUAACAUCAUAGACAAGGUCCUUCCUGGGGAUGUCGCUCAAAUGCGCAAGUUCACCAUGGAGCCAGGGACUGCCAAUCCUCCGAAUGUAGAAAUCGUACCCCCGCCAGUUUUCAGUCACAUGAAUCUUCCCUUUCACUACAACUACGCCCAAAACCCCUACGUCCGCACCGUACACAGAGAGGGUGGCGCAACUACAAUCAACCUUACUGCCCGUGCCAACCAUGCAGGCUACUUUAUUGCGCAUGAUACAUAUCCGGCUCCGAACGCUCCCUCGAGGAAUCCAAACGUCAAAGAUCCACAGAUGGCGGCUGCUAUAGUUGAACUAAGCUUGGCCUUCGAGGAACGGCCAAUAUGGACUCGACGCUCGCUAACGAACCGUCUUGCGGCGUCUGCGCGAUCCGGUGAGUUCAGUGAAAAUAUUAUCAAGCAUGCGAUGCCCUUCUUUGCCUACCAGUUCAAAGGUGGACCGUGGCGUGACGCUGUUGUUCGGUAUGGUGUUGAUCCCCGUACCGACCCGGAGUGCCGAAUAUACCAAACCUUGAUGUUCAAGACCCGCCGUGCCGAAGCAGGUAACCCAGAUCAGCAAUGGGCUUCAGUGCGCAGAUCCGAGGCUUCAACUCGUAAAUGGAGGAGGGCACCAACGCUCAACGCCGGCGGCCCCAAGAACGGGGAGAACGAUGCGAACAGCCACAUAUUUGACGGUCAAACUUUCUGUACCGACGGAAAGGUCUGGCAGGUUUGUGACAUUACAGAUCCCCUGCUGGUCAAGAUUUUUGCCAAUGCUCAGGUCCGAUCUGAAUGUGAGGUAUCUGGGAGUGGAUGGUAUCGUCGUGGCCUGUGGGCUAAAGCCCGUGCCAUCAUGAAGUGCAAGAUGCUAGCCAUUGCGUUUGGCCGGACCCUGUCCGAUCAGGAUUUCACUCCAGCCUUAGCUUUGGACGAUGGCACUCCAGAGCCGACUCCAGCAACAGGCCAGCCUGUCUCGGGCGCAUCAAACGUGCGUCUUGCUCAUGUCAACGUGCCGCUACCUGAUUUAAAGCUUACGGAAGCGGAGAUGGCCGUCAUCCGUGGCCAUGGGCAGUCCCGCUUUAGCACAGCGGCUCGGAAACGUAAAAAGACCAGCCAUGGCUUCUCGUAUCGCGUGCCGCUUAUCAACGCGCGCAGUAGUGCACUCGGCAAGGCCGCUACCUCGUCAGGCGCUACAACGCCAAGUCAGAUGCCUGCAGAAGACUCGGUCGAGUCUGGAGGUCCGGAUACUCCUCUUCGUUCUGUUGAGGACGUCAUCAAUGAGGAUGACGACGAAGAGGAUGAUGAAGGUGAUGAGGAGGGUGAAGGCGACGAAGAUGAAGAUGGUUACUUCUUGGACCGGGAUGAGUUCAGUCGUGAUAAAACAGGUGACCCUGCCUCAAAGUCCCCCUUUCCGAACCAGCAGCGAACUGUAAGGUUUGACCUGCCUAAUCAAGACAAUGAGGCUGGCCACGAUAGUGCUGGACCUGCUCAUUGGAACAACACUGCGGCAGUGGUCCCCAAGGAGAUGGACAACGGAGAUCAUGAGGACGAUGAAGAAGUAGAUGAGGCAGACGGUUACAUGGACUCAAACAUCGGUGAUGAGUUUGCAACCGACUACGAGGAGGAGCGAGGCUUUAGCAGCGCUGAGGAUUACUGA